AUGUCUUCCUUCAAGGGCUCCGUCAGCGUUACCCACAUUGGUACUGCUACUGCGCUUCUUCAGAUUGACAAUGUCACCUUUUUGACCGACCCUCUCUUCGCUGCUGCUGGCACCGAAUGGGAUCUCACUGUUGUCCAACUUAAGACGACCCAGGAUCCGGCUAUUAAGCCUGAAAAUCUCCCUGAGAUUGAUGCUGUACUCCUCAGCCACGAGGACCACCCCGAUAACCUUGACGAAGUUGGACGAAAGGUCCUCGAAGGCAAGAAGGUCUUCACCACCAAAGACGGCGCCAAGAAUAUUGGAGACAAGGCGAUUGUAACGGGCUUCAAUGCCGGUGAUAGGGCUACCCUCGUUGCAGGAGGUAAAACGUUUGAGAUUAUCGCCACUCCUGCUGAGCACUUACCGGGAGGCGAGUGCAUCGGCUUCCUUGUGACCUCGGCCGAUUUCGGAACAACCAAUGGCCUACCCAAUGCCAUUUACUUCUCUGGCGAUACCAUUUACAACCAAGACGUUGCCAACAGCCUCAAGGGUUAUCACAUCAGCCUUGCUCUUCUCAAUCUUGGCAGAGCGGCUGUUGACGUGGGUGGACCUGAGCUUAUGCCAAUCACCUUGGAUGGUAAGCAGGCUUCGCAGCUUAUCAUAGAUGCAAACGUCGAAAAGGUCGUGCCGAUGCACUUCGAAGGAUGGGGUCAUUUUAGCGAGGGCAGGGAACCGGCCGAAAAGGCUUUUGCAGAGGCAGGCGUCAGCGAGAAGGUCUUCUGGUUGCCCCGUGGUGAGAAGAAGGUGUUUUUCUAA